AUGCGUCCUGUCCUUUUCGACGCACUCAAACACACUUUCGGCUGUUCGAUCCUCUCCUGGUCACCCAUUCGUGCUGUGUCCACUCUUUCAUCGGGUGAACCGCAGCUUCUGCCGCAUACGCCCCUCAAUCAUCUAGCAGUCAAAGAUUUCGCCCCAGUGAACCAAUUCUGCGCAAUGACAGAUGCAAAAGUCGACAUCAAUCAGAGUCGUAGGAAGGUCGCCGGGUCUCUGAACAGUGUUCAACUUGAGAUAGACGUCCUCUAUCAGAUGUACGAGAGUCUUCAAUCCCAGCAUGCUGAGGCAGAAGCAGAUCUCAAGCGUGCACAGGAACGAAUCCAGCUCUUGGAGGCUGAAGACGAGAGCAACGCAACCCGAGUAAUGCAAAUCAUCAAACUUGGCGAGAUUAAUGAUGAUUUGCUUUCAACGAGACUCAACAAAAUCUACGAUAGCCUUGAGGACUGGUCAUGCACAGUCGUACCUUUUGAAACCGAUCUUUCCAAAAAGCAGUUCUUGAUCUCUCUGUACCUGUCAAAAUAUGACCUUCUUCAACCCGGAAUCGAUACCUUCAAUAGGCACCUCAAGGCUACGAAUGCGGAGCUGAUUUCAGCCAUCAUAAUGGCCAUUCUUUCAAAGACGUUGUUUCCGAACGUAGUGGCCGGUAUGUUACCAGAUCAGGUCAUCGUCCUACACCGACUUCUGGACAAUAUCUCGCACGUUCGACCAUACAAAAACGCCGUUUCUAUUAGGCUUUGGAAAGUCGAGGUGCUUCGUGCUUGGAUGCAGUCUCCCAAUUUCCCAGCACACUUCUCCGCAGGCUGCCUUCACAUACUGUCCAUUAUCAAGGAUUUCUUUCACAAAGUGUUCAAUAUUCAGGGUGACCUCUGGGACGAAAGAUUCGACCGUCUCCUGGAUAAUGUGGUCACACCUGCUGCUCAGCUCGCGACCGAGAUGCAAAGUUCCGGCACAGAAUAUCAGUUGACAUGGAAUAGAUUUAGGCCAACCGCAGGAUUGAAGUUACUUGAAGAGUGCCAAGUAACUGACUUCCAGACACGUCAUCAAGUCAAGGAGGAACUGGUGCGCGAUCUUUCAAAGAACACUCCGCUAGGCGCCUUUGUCCUGACCACUCUUCCUGGCCUCUACCGCUUGAACCAAGAAACCGGUGAGCGGUCCCUCCUUGUCAAAUUCCGAGUUCUCGUCAAAUCAAACGACGCGAUACCUUGA